AUGACUGAACCUAGUCGUCUCAAAGUUGAAGUAAACGACCCUCAAAUAAAGCAAACCUUCUCAGGCCAUCGUGGCCCUAUCACAGGACUUGCGAUAAAUCCAAACUCAAAUGAAAUAGCAUCAUCUUCCGAAGACUCAUGUGUCAAAAUCUGGAGUUUCAAACAAGACAAGCGUCCUUACCUUUUUAUGGGCCACUUAGGUUCAGUUACUGAGCUCUGCUACUCUCCAAAUGGCGAUACAAUCGCUUCAUCCUCCAAAGAUGAAACAGUGAAGCUCUGGACCAAUACCUUUGAAGGAAGAUCCGUAGGUUGGCGGGCGCAUAAUGGCGGAGUGACAACGAUUUCUUUUUCUUCUGAUGGCAGCUACCUGCUAACAGGUUCAGAAGAUAAAACUCUUAAAGUGUGGUCAGUCUCUGAAAGAAAGUUCGAGUUUUCCCUUAUCAAGCCAAUAAUUAAUAUAGUGGUGACGACAAAAUAUGUCCUUGAGGAGCACCACUUUGGAGCGAAAGUCGCUUUAUGAUCUAUGCCAAGGCUCAGGCCCUUUAAUCCUAACCCUUAGCUUGGAUUGAGCGGCCAUAUGGGGUGGGUAAGUUUUGGGAGUCAGCUGGUGGCAACUCAAGGCAAGGUAUCAGUUAUCCAAUGGUUUUUGAGCAAUGGAUUUUUUUCCUGUCAAUGUAGGAGUGCCGUAAUUUUCCUUGGUUUUACCUCCCCUCAAGAUGGGCGAGAGGAGGCAUCCAGCAAGCCACACCUUCAUGCCACCUGAAUCACGUGGAGGAAGACUUUAAGUCUUUUAAAGUUAAGUUAUCAGGCCAUCGAGAUUGAAUAAAAAGUGCAAGAUUUAGUUCUGAUACCAGAAUGAUCAUUUCUGGAAGCGAUGAUAGCGAAGUCAAACUUUGGGAUACAAGCAGGCAAGAAUUAACAAGUACGCUAUUUGGGGUUGAAGGAGCAGCUAAUGCAGUCAGAUUCCACCCUGAUGGGGCAUGUGCAGCUGCUAGCAGCACUGAUGCAAAUAUCAGGAUUUGGGAUAUCAGGUCACAGAGACUUAUUCAGCUUUAUGAUGGACAUAGUAGCAGUGUGACUUCAAUAGCUUUUCACCCAAGCGGCAACUAUUUAUUGUCCUCUUCAUUAGACUCCACUUUAAAAAUCUGGGAUUUAAGACAAGGGCAUAUCAUAUAUACACUCCAUGGGCAUGAAGGAGGGUCUACAGCUGUAGCCUUUUCAAAAGAUGGAGGACAGUUUGUAUCAGGAGGAAUUGAUGGCAGAAUAAUUGCAUGGAAAACAAAUAUCAUGGCGUCGACACCUGAAACGUCAUCACAGGCUAAUUCUAAAACAAAAUCGCUUAAUGCAACAAAUAAAUUGAGGAAAAGCCAAAGCUUGACUGAGACUAUUAAGUCAGAAAAAACUGAAGAAGCUAAACUAUCAGAAGAUUUGGCUGAGCCACUUAAUAAGAUUGUGAGUCAACUUAAUGUUAUAACGAAAGCUAUUGUAAGUCUUGACCAAAGAGUUAACAAAUUUGAAGACCAUAUUAAGAGGAUUUCUGAUAGAGUCGGAGUUGUUAGCAAUGUAGAGCCAAGUGCGCCUUUAGAAGAGAUUUAA